GUAAACAUUUAUGUAUUUUUGUUUGUAGUGUCAAUGGGCUCACUUGACUGGAGUUUCACAAUGCCCAGUGUAAUCAAUGGCAUUCGAGGGUCCUGUGUGGUCAUUCCCUGUAGUUAUAAAUUCAAAACCUCUGACCGUAGUGGUGUAGAUGUAAAAUGGUAUUCAAAAACACUCACCAUUUCAGAUCUGAUAUAUAACCAAUCAUCUCACAAUAUCAUUCCUAAGUUCAAAGGGAAGACAAGUUUAUAUGGAUCCUCAAAUGAAAAGAACUGCAGCUUAAAGAUCCAGCCUCUUGACAUGUCACAUAAUCGGGAAAGACUGUUCCCCUGGAUGGACCAGAAUCCUCCUGAUACUUACCACCGAAAAAAUGUUGCAGAGGAAACUAUUGCUCUUGAGGUGACAGAUACUGCUGAGAAACCACAAGCAGAAGUUCUUGGUAGGGCUACAGUUGGCGAGCCUGUGACAUUGUCUUGUAGUGUGAUACACACCUGUCCUCCAAAACCCCCAACACUCAGCUUCAGUAUAUCACGUGGGUCUUCACGUUUUAUCCACACACCCUUAUAUCAUGGGAAAUGGAAGACGACAAAAGAGAUUACGUGGACAGUUGAGGAAAAUGAUAAUUUUGUUACUUGUUCUGUGAGUUAUGCAGGUGGACAGAAAUCAAAGACUGAAAUCCCUCUUAAUCCUUUAUGUCCCAUCGAUCAAGCUCAGAUUAGUCCUGAUUCAAACACAGAGUUUCUUGAGGGUGUGGAACAAGACAUUGUUUGCUUUGUUACAUACAUGUGCUCCAGAGACCGACCUUACAUUAUGUGGAGUGGGGAACAGUUACCUGGCAGCACAUUUCACGUAACAAAGCAUGGAACAAAACAGAUAGCUACGUCCACACUAAAGUUCACUCCAAAAGCCAGUGAUAAUGGCAAGACAAUUACCUGCCAAGCAGAUUUUAAAGGGAAUGUUCAGACAGUGGAAAUCACCUUAAGAAUUCAAAGAUCAAUGGGCUCACUUGACUGGAGUUUCACAAUACCCAACACAAUUACUGGUGUCCGAGGUUCCUGUGUGGUCAUUCCCUGCAAUUAUGAAUUCAAAAAUGUCCAGCCUAGCAGGACAAAUGUAAAAUGGUAUAAACUCUCCACUACAGGUUACUCUCUGGUGUAUGACCAAUCAACACACAAUAUCAUUAAUCAGUAUAAAGGAAAGACAACUUUAUAUGAAUCCUCGAUUGACAAAAACUGCAGCUUGAAGAUCCAGCCGCUUGAGAUGCAACAUAGUCAGGAGAAACUGUUUCCCUGGAUGGACCCAAAUUCUAUUGAAUCAUACCACAGCAAAAAUUUUGAUCAUGUAACUAUUGUCCUCGAGGUAACAGAUAUUGUUGAAAAACCAGAGGCAGAUCUUCUUGGCAUAGCCAAAGUUGGUAAGCCAGUAACGUUGUCCUGCAGUGUGCUACACACUUGUCCUUCAACACCUCCAUCAUUGAGCCUGAGUGUUUCUCAUGACACUCAAAGUUUAACUCACACACCCCUUCAUGAUGGAAAAUGGAGGUCAACUGUAGAGAGUACCUGGACUGUUGAGGAAAAUGAUAAGUCUGUUACUUGUACUGCGAGUUACGCAGGUGGACAAACAUCGAAGACUGACAUCACUAUUGAUCCUUUAUGUGACUUUCACAAACCUGUAAUAAGUCCAACCCAAGAUGAGGUUAUGGAAGGAAUUGAGAAAAGCUUCACUUGUACUGUGACCCACACAUGUCAAAAACAAAAGCCAAACAUAAUCUGGAAUUACCAAAACAUGCCUGUUUCUUCUGAAACACAUAAGGUUGACUCCCACAUUUGGAGAACAGUUUCCACUUUGAAACUGAAAGCAUCGUGGGACGACCAUGGAAAGACAUUAACAUGCACAAUUCAAACUACAGAGGGAGAGUCUUCAGAUCAUGUUACUUUAAAAGUAAAAAGGGGGAUGUUUUCACUGGAUUGGACAUAUUCAAUGCCCAGUAAGAUGACUGGCCUUCAAGGCACCUGCCUGGUCAUUCCCUGCAGCUUUGACUUCAGAAACAGCACAAAAAAACCUGCCGAUGUUGAGGUGAAAUGGUACCUAUACUCUACAUCACAGUACCCCUUGGUUUAUAGCCCAGAUGGUGAGAAUGUCAUUCAAAAAUAUUUUGGCAAGACAAGACUGUAUGGUUUAACUAGUGAGAAAAAUUGCAGUUUGGAAAUCAUGCAACUUGAACUGCAGUACAAUGGGGAUAGACUGUAUCCUUGGAUGGAUCCAAAAUCAGUUGAUACAUUUCACAAGGAGGAUUUCUAUGCCAAAUCUAUUGAACUCCAAAUAACAGAACAAGCCGAUAAACCAAAACUAAGCAUUAUUGGUAUACCAAGAGUGGGAGAGCAAGUCACAGUGUCCUGUAGUGUCCUUCAUACAUGUCCGUCCAAACCUCCAAGUCUGUCUGUGGGGAAGGCACUUGAUACGGACAUUUCUGUACACAAUCCAGUACAAGAUGGCUUUUGGGAGCUAACCAGAAUUCACACAUUCAUAAUUAAAGAAGAAGAACAAACUGUUACAUGUAAAGCCACAUUCCAUGGAGGACAGAUAUCUGAAUCACAAAUCGAUCUCAAUGCUCAGUGUAUCUAUAAGGAUAUAACCAUUGAUCCUGAGGUGGCCGAUGUUGUAGAGGGUGUUGCAAAUAACUUCACGUGUACAGUUUUCCAUUCUUGCAAGAGCCAGCCUCCAACUUUCACCUGGAACUACAAAGACAUACCAGAGACUGUGGGAACUAAAAAAGGGCCAUCAUUAACCUGGGCCACUUAUUCCAAUAUAUUAUUUAUAGCUUCAAUGGAGGAUGAUGGCAAGAAACUGACUUGCACUGUAAAACUGCCUAAAGGAGAAAUCUCAACAUCCAUUGUUUUACAGGUUCAAAGAUAUGUACCCAAGGUGGUGGAUCCAUUUGAGAAUGACACUGUCCACAUUUCAGAGGCGAAUGUGGUACCCCGGAUCAGUGCUUUGACCAAGUCCUGUGUGGUGAUACCUUGCACUUUCAAGUCAGGUGACACGCCUAUUACACGUCUUCGAGUUCUGUGGUACACCAGUACUGGUCAAUAUGUCUUCCACACUGGACAGUCCAAUGUUAUAGACAACUUUAAAGGACGCACAAAGCUUCUGGGGAAUCCAGAUGAGCAGAACUGCACUUUAGAGAUUGAUAAGGUCCAAGCUCAUGAUAAUGGGCCAUUCUGUUUUCAUGCAGAAAAAGAAAACGAUAAGUACAGGUUCAACCACAGCUGUGUGUUCAUCAUCAUGAAAGCAUCUCCUGACAAGCCUGUGAUAUCAGCUCUUCCAGAAGAGAUGGAGCCAGGCAAGCGAUUCACAAUAAACUGUUCUGUCACACAUACAUGCUCAUCACAUCCCCCAAUUAUCACAUGGAAUGUUCCGGCUGCCAGAGAAGUGGUGAGCCAUGUGGAGCGAAGCGCAGGCAAAUGGGAAACAACUUCCACAAUUACUUUUAUUCCAACUGGCUAUGAAGCAGAAGAAAAUCUCAUUUGUCGAGCUUCUUUCUGGGGGAAAAAGAACCAGGAAAGCUCAGCCUUAUUAAGUGUGAAACGAUAUGAAGGACUGGGUAUGGACACCGUAGGAUUUGGUAUAAUUCUUCCUGCAUGUUUAUUAUUGCUCCUUUGUAUUGCUGCUGGAAUAAUCAUUUUUAGGAGAAAAGUCCAAAAAACAACUACAGAUGAAUUACCACCUGAAAGAAGUAGAAGAUCAAUUUGGAGCCAGAUAUCCAGGAGAUUCGAUGGGACUGCAAGUUGGCUAAACUCUCCCAUGGAAACCCGCUCACCCGAAAGGCCACCAAAACCAGAGAAAAGGCGUAGCAUCUGGAGCAGGUUUUCCAGAAGAGGUCCAGUGACCAGUACAGAUCUGACAAACUCACCUGUAAGGCCACCAAAACCAGAGAAAAGGCGUAGCAUCUGGAGCAGAUUUUCCAGAAGAGGUCCAGAGACCAGUACUGAUCUGACAGUGCAAUACAAGGUGAACAAUAUCAGUGCAAUGGACUCAUCUGCGGGAUAUUCCAAACCCCGAUUUCCAUCACCAAAGAGUGAACCAAAAUCCUACAUAUCAGGAAGUGGCCACUUAAUAAAUUAUGAUGAGGAUGAUUACACCAACACUGCAGAUUUUAAAAUGUAUCAGAAAAUGUAAUGAUGACAAAAAAGUCUAUGCAGAAUGCAGCGUGAUACUGUUUUUGUUUAGUUUUUCCUAUUGUCUGUGCAAAAUAAGGAAAUUGAUGUUUUUUUCUUCCUUUUUUUUAUAACUUGCUAGUUUGAAUCUUAUGCUGUUUUAUAUGUGCUGUUUUGCCAGAUAAAAUAGGGGGGAAAAUGAUAUACUGCGAAUAAUGUAAUAAGAUAUUUCAAUGUAUGCUAUUCAUUUUAUUUACAAACAUAUGUAUGGACAACAAUUAUUAAUAUAUACCAUAUUAAAGCAUAUUGUCUGUGACAGCUUAUUUCUGUAUUAUGUUAUAUGCAUGUAAGACUGUGAAUCGAAUAAAAAUGUAACCCCUAGUUAAUAUGAUUAA